AAUGGACACGCAAGAUAGAGAGCAAUAUUGGAAGUACUUGCGAAUGUCUAGAAAAAUGUUUUACAAAUUACUUAAAAAAGUCCAACCUUACAUUAAAAAGAAAUUUGUUGUUCGAAAACCAAUUCCGGCUCAUACGAGGCUGCAUAUUUGUCUUCGUUACCUCGCCUCUGGUGAUUCAAUGGAAUCCAUUGCUUAUCAAUUUAGAGUAAGUCAUAAUACUGUAUCAAAAAUUGUACGAGAAACUUGCAGAGCAAUUUGGAUAUCAUUGAAAAGAACAGCUUUUCCUCGUUUAACCAGGGCAGGUUGGUUGUCACAUGCAAAAGCUUUCGAAGAAAAAUGGAAUUUUCCACAUUGCAUCGGUGCAAUCGAUGGGAAAUUAAUUUUAUGCAGCUACAAGGGGAGGUUUAGCAUUAAUUUAAUGUCCAUAAGUGAUGCGUACUACAGAUUUACUGCAGUUGAUAUUGGUGCUCCUGGAAGAAGGAGCGAUGGUGGAGUAUUUACAGAGAGUGAAAUGUUCAGAAAAUUCGAAACAAAUACUUUCGAAAUCCCCAAUCCAGAAGCAAUAAUCUCAAAUGCUCCAGCCUUACCAUAUGUUCUAGUUGCAGAUGAAGCAUUUACAUUUCGAGCAAGGCGAAUGGUUGAAAGUGCCUUUGGAAUAUUAACGGCUCGUUGGAGGAUAUUCAGAAAAGAUAUUAUAGGUUCCACAAAGCUGGUGAGGAACAUAAUUCAAGCAACGACAUGUCUUCACAACUGGAUUAUUACAGAGUCAUUAAAUAAUCCAGAAAAUGUGUGUCAGUACACUCAUUUAUCAAGGGUAGAUCGACAAUCUGUUAACGCUUUACAAAACAUACCAAGACAAAAUGAAGUAGCAGGCCAACCUUUACGUAAUGUAGAUGCUCAAACAGUGCGAAACAAUUUUGCUGAAUAUUUUAUGUCACCUGAAGGAGAAUUAUCAUGGCAAUAUGACAAAGUAUUACAAAAUAAUUUCUAA